AUGUUGUCUGAAACAAGUCUACAGAUUAUUGGUUAUUCGGCGCUUUUGUUAUCAUGUUUAUCAUUUGGAACUAUGUUUGUGCCAUUGAGGAAAAAGAAGUGCGGAGAUGGUGAGUUAUGCGAAUUUUUUGACACCAGAUAAACCUAGGGGCAUUUUUGUGCAAACAUUUCAGAUUUUCAGACACCAAAUAAGCCCUAACUUAUAAUAUGGGAAGAUUUUUUGAAAAUAACAUAAAUUCGAAAUUUUUGGAAAAUGUAAAGCACGAACCUAUCCUUAUUUGGUUUCAAAGAACCUGCUUUUUUCGCCGCAAAAGUUACAGUAACUCAUCCAAACUCUUCUCUUAGGAAUGUUUGUUCAAUGGAUCGAAUGUUCAGUUGUCUUCAUAAUCGGUUCAAUAAUCUACGCUUCUCGUGAUUUCCCAAAAUUCGAGCCAAUUGCUUGCAUUGGAGGACUUCUUUAUGCAACUGGAAAUGUAUUUAGUGUUCCAAUAAUUGAAGGAAUCGGAAUGGGAAUCGGUUUUUUGAUUUGGUCAAGUUUGCAGAUUAUUGUUGGAUGGGGAGUUGCGAGAUUUGGAUUGUUUGGUUGGAUUGCACCACAGAAUGUAAAGAAUGAUGUGUUGAAUUAUAUUGGAAUUGUUUUGACGAUUGUUAGUGGAGUGUUGUUGUUGUUUGUGGAAAGGGUUGAAGAGAAAGAUACGAAAGAUGAGGAAGAAGAUUCAGAAAAUAAAGAUGAACAUCGAGAAGUAGAAGAGGAACCUCAGAAAUCUAGCGGUAAGAACCCAGUAAACAAUUCCGAGAACAUCAAUUCCAUAUUUUCAAAUGUGUGUUCCAGAUCCAACCUCUUCCGAGAAUCCAACAAUCAAAUCAUAUCUUCGAAAAAUUCCCUUUAUUUUGAUGGCUUGUAUUCUUGCUUGUCUUCACGGUCUAAUGAUGUCUCCCAUCGAUUAUCUCAAACAACAUAAUCCCUCAGCUUCAACUACAGACCCUUUCCAAAUCUUCGAUUAUAUUUUUCCAUUUUAUACCAGUGUUUUUCUAUUCUCAACAAUCUAUUUCCUUGGUUAUUGUCUGAUUCGCCGAGAUUCUUCUCAUAUUGAAAAAUCUCUCAUAGUUCCUUCAAUUUUAUAUGGAUUGUUAUGGACUGGAGGAAUGACAUUGUGGUUUGUAUCAAGUGAUAAGUUAUCACAAGUUGUUGCGUAUCCAUGUACAGCUAGGCUUCCACCUUUGAUUUCCGGAGCUUUGGAUGUUUUUGUUUUCAAGAGUAUUCAAGUAGGUCAUGAAUGAAGAUCGUGUGAAAUUUAUGAAGCUUGGUUUCAGGGUCAAAAAUCAUAUUUGAUUCUUGGAAUCUCUUCGAUUAUUGGAGUUGUGGCUGUUAUUCUGAUUGGACUUUCGAAUCAGAUCUAA